AGGAGGUUUGUGCCGCUUCUUUUCUUCUUCUUGACGUUUGUCGGUUGAUCUGAUUUCCGUUCGCUGUUUCGAGGCGGCGCGGCAGUCGUUGCUGAUCAUCCCCGGGAAUCAGGUGCAACACCAUCCGCAGCCAGAACAGGGGAGGAGCUAUCAGAGCCAGGUCACACCCCUCCACUACAGCGCUUCACCCGAGAGAGAGAGGGAGCGGAGAGAGAAACUAAGGAGCGCUCAACAGUCCGCCACCGUCCACAACCAGAAAAAUAUGAUCCGGACCCGAUCCUGCGCUUCUCCCACGAAGACAACACCUGAUCUCAGCCGAACCCAGUGACCACCGCUCGGCGUUUGCUCUGCCCUGCUUAACUAUUUUUAAUUUUUUUUACAUUUUUUUUUCUCACACCUUCUCUCUCUCUCUCUCACUCACUCUCUCACACACACACACACACACACUCUCUUUGCGUGUCUCCGGUGGAUCUUCCGUGCCAGAAAAUCAUGUGCGUGGAGAGCGAUGGAUGCGAGAUCGAGGGCUGUAGCAGUUCGGACGAGGUGCGCACGCUGUCGGGCAGCAUGAGCCCCGGACUGAUGCCCAGCCCGGACCUUCACUCCUGCAAACCGGGCCAGAAAUUCCGCGCCGCGCUGCUCCGGUGCCGCCGCACACCGGCUGUCGCUGCGGGAGUCCUCAGCUUUGGGAACGUCCUCAAUUACAUGGACAGAUCCACAGUGGCUGGCGUUCUGCUCGACAUCCAGCGGCACUAUGAGGUAUCCGACAGUGGAGCCGGCUUGUUGCAAACAGUCUUCAUCUGCAGCUUCAUGGUGGCUGCUCCCAUCUUUGGUUACCUGGGCGACCGCUUCAACAGAAAGGUCAUCCUGAGCUGUGGCAUUUUCUUCUGGUCUACCGUGACCCUGUUGAGCUCGUUCAUCGGCAAAGAGUACUACUGGCUAUUUGUGCUCUCCAGAGGACUGGUGGGCAUCGGCGAGUCCAGCUACUCCGCCAUCUCUCCCACCAUCAUAGGAGACCUGUACACAAGCAACAGCCGCACCAUGAUGCUCUCCGUCUUCUACCUGGCCAUCCCGCUGGGAUACGGAUUGGGUUACAUCCUGGGCUCUGGUGCCAAGGACGCUGCUGAGGACUGGCACUGGGCAUUAAGGGUGUCCCCGUUCCUGGGCGUCACCGUGGGCGCUCUGAUCCUGCUCUUUGUGCCUGACCCGAAGAGAGGCAGCGCGGAUCAGAUGGAAGGACGCAUCUCCCACUCCCAUUCGUGGCUCAGCGACAUGAAGGCCCUCACCAAGAACCGGAGCUACGUGUUCUCGUCCUUGGCGGCAGCAGCCGUGUCCUUUGCCACGGGCGCGUUUGGAAUGCUGAUUCCCAUCUACCUGUUCCGAGCGCAGGUGGUGCAGAAGGAAGUCGAAGCCUGCACCAAAAAAGUUUGCAGCAGCCGAGACAGCCUCAUCUUCGGGGCCAUCACCUGCGUGACGGGGCUGCUGGGCGUGGUCAUCGGGGCCGGCGCCACGCGCUUCUUUCGCCGUAGGACGGCGCGGGCUGACCCCCUGGUGUGCGCCAUCAGCAUGAUGGGCUCUGCCAUCUUCAUCUGCCUCGUCUUCGUCGUGGCCAAGAACAGCAUCCAUGGAGCUUAUGUUUGCAUCUUCAUCGGAGAGACGCUGCUGUUCGUGAACUGGGCUUUGACGGCAGACAUUUUAAUGUUUGUUGUUAUUCCCACACGGAGAGCCACAGCAGUCGCCUUUCAGAGCUUCACCUCUCAUCUCCUGGGUGACGCAGGAAGUCCAUACCUGAUAGGCACGAUCUCUGAUGCACUACAGGAGAAAUUUGCUUCAUCUGAACUAUGGAAGUUCCUCAGUCUGGGCUAUGCCCUCAUGCUGUGUCCCUUCAUCAUUGUCGUGGGGGGCAUGUUUUUCCUGGCCACGGCGCUGUAUUUCCUGGACGACAGGGAAAAAGCCGAAAAGCUGAAGAAGCUGAUGCAGCAGACUCCACCUUCUUCAGUCCAGGUGAUCAGCAGACGAGGACCUAUCUGCACAGAUGUUUAGAGGACGCCAAAAUAAAGAGUGCCCGCCGUCCUUUUCUAUAUAUUUUUUUUUAUUUUGUCAUCACCGUUAGAAUCCUCCUGCUCCUCGCGGGCUCCCUGCUGCUCUCGUUUGGUUUUCGACUCGGAACUGGAAAACGGGGGGAGCGUCUUGCUCCGCCUCGAACCUCCCCAGGUGGGGGAGUAGCUUUUUCGUCCCAACUCUGCGAGGAUCCACGACGACGCAACUCUAAUGACUUUUUGAUGCCAUACUACUGAAUGCUGACCGUGAACCUGCCCCGUCUACCUGCCUGCCUGCCUGCCCGGCCAACAGCGCGUCUCUUAUUUGUCCGUCUGCAUCGAACCAUCGGCUGUUAGUCUGCACCAAGUGCCAUAGCCUCAUUUACAUUCCUAUAAACUUUGCACUGACCACCGA